AGGAAGACUCAAGUUAACCAUGAAAAUGUUUGCUAAUAUUUAGGUAUAAAAAGAAGCUCAAGUAUAUUUCAAGCUCACCUGAGGUGAUGUUCAACAUCUUAUUUGUUUGACCAACACUAUGGAUUCAAAAAUUUUGUUUUUCUGCGUUUUAAUUGUUAACAUUUAUUUGAUUACAGACGCCAAUCAAGUAUUCAAUUAUGUUGUUACUAUUAAGACUGCUGACAAUAAAUUCAGUAGCCAUGAAGGUAAACUCAACCUGGAUAUCCUCAGUUCCAAUGGACUUACAUCUUCCCAAGAAGACUUUGAAUUGACUCCAAAUGGUGUCAAACUUGCCAAAAAUCACGUCUACACUGCGAAUAUCGCCUCAUUUAGUCCAUUGGAUAACAUCACAUCUGUUUACCUUGGAUGGAACCUGGUUUCGAAUUACAAUCUAUUCUACAAAAUCAAGAAGCCGAUGGUAUAUUUUGACCCAAUCACUAUUGGUACUACAUAUGACGAUCCUAAUUCACACAUGUCAGUUACGUUGAAUCGCAAAUUUUGUCCAACAACUUUACCAAUUGGAAUCAAAAGUGGAAAAGGAGCAUCUUUUCAUCCUUGUAUUUCAAACUAAACUGAUAUCAAACUACAGUUUCGACCAUAACACAAAUUCAAUAGAGAAAAUUUGAUCUUCAAAAGUAUUCAAUUGUUUUUCAAGUUGAUUGAAUCUGACUUCAUCAAGUAAAUAAUGAACUCUACUUUAUUGGAAUUGAUUGGAAAUGGUUUAAAUAUUUCAAGCUAUUUUGACAUAAAAUAAAUUUUGCAAAAAUAA